AUUCCAUGUGCCGUUGAUGAUCUUUUGUAACAGAGGAAGAACUAAAAGAGAGGGGGUAUAAAAUAUAAACAUGGUAUCUGAAGGCACACCAUAUGCACCAAAGAACAUCCUCAUAACAGGUGCAGCAGGGUUCAUAGGCAGCCAUGUGACCAAUCGGCUGAUCAAAAACUAUCCCAGCUACAAAAUCGUAGCCCUUGAUAAGCUAGACUAUUGCUCUAGCUUCAAGAACCUCAGGCCCUCUAGAGCCUCUCCCAAUUUCAAGUUUGUCAAAGGUGACAUUGCCUGCGCUGACCUGGUCAACCAUCUCUUGAUUGCUGAUGAAAUUGACACCAUAAUGCACUUUGCUGCACAAACCCAUGUAGACAAUUCAUUUGGAAACUCAUUUGAAUUCACAAACAACAAUGUCUAUGGAACCCAUGUUCUUCUUGAAGCCUGUAAGGUCACACAGCAGAUCAAAAGAUUCAUCCAUGUGAGCACAGAUGAGGUUUAUGGAGAAACUGAUAUGGAAACUGAUAUUGGAAACCCUGAGGCAUCUCAGCUUCUGCCCACAAACCCUUACUCUGCUACAAAAGCAGGGGCUGAAAUGUUGGUUAUGGCUUACCACAGAUCUUAUGGCCUGCCAACAAUCACAACCAGAAGCAACAAUGUUUAUGGGCCCCACCAGUAUCCAGAAAAGCUUAUCCCAAAAUUCAGUCUUCUUGCAAUGAAAGGUGAGAAAUUGCCUAUCCAUGGAAAUGGAUCAAAUGUUAGAAGCUAUCUGUAUUGUGAUGAUGUUGCUGAGGCAUUUGAUGUUAUACUUCAUAAGGGGGUGAUUGGGCAUGUGUACAAUAUUGGUACCAAAAAAGAGAGGUCUGUUAUAAAUGUGGCAGAGGAUGUUUGCAAGAUGUUUGGUUUGAACCCAAAGGAAGCUAUUAGCUUUGUUCAUGACAGGCCUUUCAAUGACCAUAGGUACUUCUUGGAUGAUCAAAAGCUUAAGAAGCUUGGGUGGGAGGUGAAGACUAGUUGGGAGGAAGGGCUAAAGCUGACAACACAGUGGUACACCAAGAACCCUACUUGGUGGGGUGAUGUGUCUGCUGCACUUCACCCACACCCAAGUUUCUCUGUGAUUAGUCGAUCCAACGAUGAUGCGUGGUUCUUCGAAUACGGGUACACAAGGCUGUCAAGAACUUGCAGUGAGAACAGCAACAGCCCUGCAUUGAAAUUCUUGAUAUAUGGGAGGACUGGUUGGAUAGGAGGGUUGUUGGGGAAGCUUUGUAAAGAUGAAGGAAUUGAAUUUGAGUAUGGGAAAGGAAGACUUGAGGAUAGGAAGUCUCUGCUGGAGGACAUAACAAGAGCACAACCAACCCAUGUGUUCAAUGCAGCUGGAAUUACAGGCCGCCCUAACGUUGAUUGGUGUGAAUCUCACAAGACUCAAACAAUCAGGACAAAUGUAGUCGGUACUCUAAAUUUGGCCGAUGUUUGCAAGGAUCAAGGUCUCUUGAUGAUGAAUUUUGCAACUGGCUGCAUAUUUGAGUAUGACAAGGAGCAUCCUCUAGGAUCAGGUAUUGGAUUCAAGGAGGAGGACAAGGCUAAUUUCACCGGCUCCUUCUAUUCGAAGACCAAAGCCAUGGUGGAGGAACUCUUAAAGGAAUAUGACAAUGUGUGCACCCUCAGAGUAAGAAUGCCAAUAUCAUCAGACCUCAGCAACCCAAGAAAUUUCAUCACGAAAAUCGCGCGUUACGACAAGGUUGUGAACAUACCCAACAGCAUGACAGUUUUAGAUGAGCUCCUACCAAUCUCCAUUGACAUGGCUAGGAGGGACUGCAGAGGAAUAUGGAACUUCACCAACCCAGGAGUCAUAAGCCACAAUGAGAUCCUAGAGAUGUACAGGGAUUAUAUUGACCCAACGUUCAAGUGGCAAAAUUUUGGCCUAGAAGAACAGGCCAAGGUGAUUGUAGCACCAAGGAGUAACAAUGAUUUGGAUGCUUCAAAGCUGAAGACGGAGUUUCCUGAAUUGUUGUCAAUCAAAGAUUCAAUCAUAAAAUAUGUCUUUAAGCCCAACAAGAAGGCUUGAAAGUCAUGGUUGUAUCUACACCUUUUAAGCUGCAGAAUCAAAUUUUUACUGUUAAUUUCAUUGUUUUCUUUUUUCUUUCUCUCUCAUAUUCAU